CGGAGUGUUAUAACUAGGUUAACCUAAUGCACUGCCGAAGAUUAGCUUUGCUAACCUCAACAUGAACUGUGAUGGCUGUUUGCUUCAACUUUCAUCGAGACAUUUAAAGUUAGCUCAGUGGUGAGCAGCUGUUACCAAGCUAGGUAGCAUUAGAGAGCUUCCGCUUCAAGCUCGGCAAUUUUUCGUUAAACGUUAGAAUAAGAGUUUGUGUUUUUGUUCGACGCAGGUAGCGCUAAAUAUCGUGGUACUCGAUCAACAGUGGAUCGAAGUCAUGUUAACCAGUGGGCAAGCUGGAGCAGAUCGGGGUUAUUGUAUGUUGCCAUGACGAUUGUGCAACGGAACGAGGUCACGAAUGUUCAGCUAGGAGGGUCCACAAAGAAGGAGGCUGCACACACUCACAUGUUAAACGUUUGUUUAAGCUAACUGCAAGAGUCGUGAAGUUAUUGGUUAUCGCGGCACUUUCUUCGUGCGGGAAGCAGUGACAGAAAGCUCGCGCUAACUCGCUGCGUGGUGGAGGGAAUGGCUCAUUGUUUUCCCCCGGGAAUCCGAGCGGGUUACACACACAAUAACCAUCGGCAGAUAGUUUAGCGUCAACAGACAGGUCACAAUAGAGAGCCUGCACGACAGCCAUACGGUCAACGUACUGCUCGAGCUAACGUCCACUGAAUGUAACGCUAACGGCUGUUGGUAAGAAAUGACGCACUUGAUGCCUUCACUAAGCAGUAAAUACGUGACAUGGCAACUGGAGGCACCCCUUUUGAUGACAGUGCAGAAGAGCUGCACAACUGGACUGUAACCAAUAGCAGCCUGGAAGAUAGACUCAACAACAUGGACUGGGGUGUACAGCAGAAGAAAGCUAACCGAUCUUCAGAGAAGAACAAGAAGAAGCUGUCCGCGGCGGUGGUGGAGAGCCGCCUCACUAACGAUAUUUCGCCAGAGUCCACCCCUGGGGCCGGUCGCAGGAGAGCACGGACUCCCCAUUCCUUUCCCCACAUUAAAUACUCUACCCAGAUGUCUGUUCCAGACCAGGCUGAGCUGGACAAGCUACGUCAGAGAAUCAAUUUCACAGAUUUGGAUGAGAGGAGCAUUGGCAGUGACUCCCAGGGUCGUGUCACAGCUGCCAACAACCAGCGCCAGUUAGCUGGAGAAAACAAAAAGCCCUACAACUUCCUACCUCUGCAUGUAAACACUAACAAAAGCAAGGAGCUGCUCCCUCCCUCCUCUUCUGCCCCAGCCACACCAGCUAUCACCAAGGAAACUAAGAAGCAGAGCCCAGGACUGAGGGAAACAUCAACCCCUUUGGUUCCUGCCAAGGAUACUCCAAGGCUCAGCCGUGGAAGCACUGAGAGAGGGCCCUUAGCACACAGACAGUAUGGGAGAGGAGAGCCAAGAAUAGACAGCAGCCAGGUGGUGAGUAAACUGGUACAGAUCCGGGAGUACAUCAGUAAGGCCAGCUCCAUGCGGGAUGACCUGGUGGAGAAGAAUGAUGUACCGGCAAAUGUGGAGCGUCUCUCCCAUCUCAUCGACCACCUCAAGGAGCAGGAGAAGUCCUACUUACGUUUCCUGCAGAAAAUGCUGACACAGGAAAAUGAGGAGGAUGAUGCAGGCACCCUGGACUCUGCAGUGGGCUCAGGUUCAUUGGCAGAGAGCACUUCUCUUAACACUGAGGUCCGCUUUUCAGAUGCCUCAAAUGCAAUGGGAGGUAGACCGGAAACAGUGCGAGCUGAGCAGAAGGAAGAGUUGGAGAACCUGCGUAAGCAACAUGAGCUGCUGAAGAAGAUGCAGGAGCAGCAGGAGCAGCUCAGGGCCUUGCAGGGCCGACAGGAAGCACUAAUGGCCAUGCAGGACAGUGCAGAACAGGCUCUUGCUGUGAUUGAAGACACUGUUGUCACCGAAACGACGGGCAGCGUUUCAGGCCUGAGCAUCACAUCAGAACUGAAUGAUGAGUUGAAUGAUUUGAUCCAGCGGUUCCACAACCAGCUACAUGACUCUCAGACUAAAGCAGUGCCAGACAACCGUCGUCAGGCAGAGAGCCUUUCCCUCUCUAGAGAGGUGUGCUGGUCUAGGACUCCCCAGGCUGUUGGUCCACCUCAACAUAGGCCUCUCCUCCACUCUGCCUCUGGUCCCCACACUGGCCUAGACAUGGGGGCAACAGCUGCCAGUGCCAAACUCACUAAGCUCCAAGAGCUCCAAGACAAAAAACAAACCAUGGACAAGAUCCUGCAGGAGCUGCAUUCACUUAGAGACCAGACACUCAAUAAUAACUCAUGUCGUGGCUUGUCAACACAGUGCAGCCUGAGCGUGGGAGGAUCUUCUGAUUGUCCAUUUGCUCUCUGCUCUAAUGGGGCUUCGGCUUCCACUUCCUUUCAUCCUUCACUCACGCAGCACCAGGACAGCUCCAAUUCCACAGACAAGCUCAGGAAGCUAAAAGAGGUCCACAAGCGUUUGAAUGAGCUGCGGGAACUGGUUCAGUACUACGAACAGACUUCUGAUAUGAUGGUCGAUGCUGUCAAUGAGAACGUGAAAGAUGAUGAUGAUGAGGAAGAGGAGGAGGAAGAUGAGACAGAAGACGGUUCUAUGUUUGAGGCCAUGUUUGACUCUGAGCAGGAGAACCGCCAACCUGUAACCAACAUCAGAAACCCACAGCGCCGUGGGAACUGGGCGGACUUGAACAGCCUGACCAACGGGCGCAGCGUCAGGGGUGGUGCCACAAACAAUCGUGAUGGCAGACUCAACACUGAGUGUGAGAUCAACAACCGGUCAGCAGCCAACCUCCGCAGCCUCAACAUCCCGUCAGCCAUAGAGUGCCAGUACAAUAGGGACACCCCCUUUAAUGAAGUGAAGGAUGACGAUGAGGAUGAAGAUGGUCUGGAUAAUGAUGAAGGUGCACAGGCUGUGGCUGCCAGUGAGGCAUCGGGGUCUAGUCGAAGAAGCAGCCUGGGGAACGAUGGAAGCUUUGUCCAGAAGGUUCAUCGGCAGUCAGCGAAGCAGAAAUUCCGGCAGCUUCAGGAGCUGGUGGCUAUGGUUCAGAGUGACGACACUGAUGGCACAACAGCUAAUGAGGAUGAAGUUUUACACCAACAGCCAAAUAAUACCAGAGCUACUGUGGCUGGUUCACUGGCGUCUGGAUCUAAACAGAAUCCCAGAGAACUCUGUCUCUCCAGCAAAGCCAGGGAGAAGCUGUAUGAGGAGAAGCUGCGCCAGCAGAAACAGGAGCUGAAGCAGCUCCAUGAAGAGCGUCAGAGGCUCAUUGAAAUCCAAGGCAAGAUCCAGGACCUGCAGUGGGCCUGCCCUGACCUUCAGUCAUCUGUGUCCAGCACCGUGAGUCAGCAGGGCUUACUGAGGAAGGUUCCAGCUGCAGCAGUUUCCACUCCAGUCCAGGCCUCCUCUUCCUCUGGACCCAAAACUAACUCAUCUGUUCUUAAAGCCACUGCUCCAGAAGCAGCUACAUCUUCAGUCACUGACAAUGAGCAGCUUUGGUCAGAGAUGCGGCGCCACCAGAUUUUGCGGGAAGAACUGCGGCAGCGUCGAAAGCAUCUGGAAUCCUUGAUGGCUGAACACCAGAGGCGUAGUGGUGUCAGUGACUCUCCACAGCGGACUGAUGACCAAGAAGGCCUUGCUACACCUUCACAGCCUAUCAGUCGAGAUGAAAGGACAAUGGCCACAUGGGGUUCCACUCCCUGCCACCUUGACGACGAUGAUGAUGAUGAUGAUGAUGAGGAUGAAUAUCACUCCGAGAUGGGUGCAGAGGAGGAAGAGCAGCGGGAAGAGUGUGCAGAGAGCAGCUCUGAUGAUGAUAUUCACAUCUACUCUUCCAGCAGGAACCAGUGCUCCUAUAGUAACAGGAAGAAUCAUGGAAGCAACCUGAAGCCUCCCCCAGCCUUUUCAGGUGAAGGAAAUGGAAAUCCACCUCUUCAUAACAAGACUAAGGCCAAGCAGCAGUCCACAAGUUUGAACCAGUCUGCAAACCAGCAUGGAUGUACACGACGGCAGGAGAACUUGUGCUGGGCCUCUGAGCUCUCCUUCACUGAGGGCUCGUGUCACUGGCACGAACAGGUCAGCCAGCUGCAGAGACAGCUGGACUUCAGCACCAGCAUGUGUCAGACUCUUCUGCAGGACCAGCAGACGCUCUCUUAUAUGUUGCAAACCCUGCUGACAGGUCAGUACAGCAUGUUACCCAACAACCUGUCCUCACCACAGGUCCACCUGGUCAUGCACCAGCUCAACCAGUGUUACACUCAGCUGGCUUGGCAGCAGAAUAACGUACAAAGAUUAAAGCAGGUCCUGAAUGACCUCCUUCGCCAACAACAGCAUCAGCAGCAGACUUCGUCCUCAACAACAGGUUGGCAGACACAGAAGCAGGGCUCAUGCCAGGAAUCCAGCUCCGGUCCCUCAGCCUCUCCUGGUGUUUUCCUCCCCUUCUCCUCUACCCUGCAUCCUUCAGCCAACAACAUGUCAACCGCAUCCCCAUUCCCUCCCGGCUUUAACUUAUAUCCACUGUUCCCUGCUCCCAUGGGUGACUUCCCUCAGGGUGCAGCAGGUCAGGCAACCCCUGACCUCCAUAAGCAGCAGUUAGACCCCAACACUUCGAUAAAAACGGAGUACAUGAGUUUCCCUCCUCCACUGCAGCGCUCUCCUCUCAACACCGCGACAGAGAGAGGGCAGACAGGCUGGCUGAAAGCUUCCUACGCAAACAACGCUGUCCAGCAUCACCAAUCUAAAACGGAGUCUCAAGAGUCUCCCUCCUUCUCCCCCACUUUUGUCAACUGUCACUCCAGACAUCAAGAAUUUGACAGGGCAUCACAAGAAAGCUUCAGCAGCAUACCUGAUCCCGUUGAUCCCACAACCGUCACAAAGACUUUUAAGGCUGGGCGAAAGGCCUCUGCGCAAGCCAACCUGGCCUCCCGAAGCAAGACACCCAAUACUAAAAGUCGCCGCAAGAGGGGCAAAGGGCACAACAAGAACAAUGAAGGCCAUGAGAGUGACAGUGUUAGCAGCACUGCAGACUUUGCCCAGGAGAGGGCGCCCCUGUCUCGUCAAAAGGAUCAGAAUAAGAGUCUGUUGGACAAGCUGACUCAAGAGAAACUUGACAGCAAAACUAAGCUGGGGAACAAAAGAAAUGACCUUUCCUCUGCCUAUGCUUGGAGAACACCCUUCCUCUCUAACAGAAUUGCAUGCACAGAAGCACCAGAUGUUGAACCUGUAGAUGCAAGCAGCGACUUCUCACUGUUCGAGGCACUGAGGGAGACCAUCUACUCUGAGGUGGCUACUUUGAUAUCCCAGAAUGAAUCCCGUCCUCAUUUUCUCAUCGAGCUCUUCCAUGAGCUUCAGCUGCUCAACACAGACUAUUUGCGGCAGAGAGCAUUGUAUUCCCUACAGGACAUAGUGACCAAGCACCUGGCAGAGAAGAGUGCAGCCGAGGACCAGUUACCCCCUCUUGGUUCUGUGGCGUGGGCUGCAGGCUCUCAGUCUGAACUCACACCCAGUGAGAGUCUGGCUACCAGUGAUGCAGAGGUGGUGGAGAAAAACUUAAGGCUCACACAGGACACGAUGAAGAAGAGGGAUGAUGCAGAAUCUGCGGACAAUGACAGCACCAUGUCAACUUCCUCCAACCUGGAACCAUUUGCUAAUGAUGACCUGGGCAACACGGUGAUUCAUUUAGACAAAGCUCUGGCCAGGAUUAGGGAGUAUGAGCGCAUGAAGCUUAAAGCUGAGUUUAACCCUUGCAAUGCCAGCGCUGCAGGUACAGGUGGCUCUGAAGUCUCAAAUGCUGAACAUCCUUCUGCUAACCCUGCUGACCAAGUGGAAGGAGGUGCAGCUGGUGACGUGCGCUGCCCUCAGAUUGACACCCAGCAGCUGGAUCGCCAGAUCAAAGCCAUCAUGACAGAAGUCAUUCCUUUCCUAAAGGAGAACAUGGAUGAGGUGUGUUCCCUCCAGCUGCUGACAUCUGUGCGCCGCAUGGUUCUUACUCUAACCCAGCAGAAUGAUGAAAGCAAAGAGUUCGUCCGCUUUUUCCACAGGCAGCUGGGAGGCAUACUGCAGGACUCUCUUAGUAAAUUUGUGGGCCGUACACUGAAGGACUGUGGGGAAGACCUUCUGGUGGAGAUCUCAGAGAUCCUCUUCAAUGAGCUCGCCUUCUUUAAGCUCAUGCAGGAUUUAGACAACAGCAGCAGCUUCUCCUUGGCAGCCAAACAGAAAAAUAAGAAUAGGGCUGUGCAACCCAGUAAAGCAAAGCCGAGUCUGAAGGAAAAUACGACCGAUGUUAAUGAUAAAUUAGUUUCUCCAGCCUACACAGAUGAAGAUAAGGACCAAGAUGAGGCUGAGCAGCAAGGUGAUUCUACUCUGCAUGAGCUUUACCUUCAGACAGAGACAAAGAACAGCAGGAGCAGUGGAGCUUCGGAGGUCGAAGAGGAAGACGAGGAUGAAGGGAAUGAACAAGCAAUACCUCUGUCAAUCAGUCUUUCCAAAGCUGAGACUCAGGCCCUGACAAACUACGGCAGUGGAGAGGAUGAGAAUGAGGAGGAGGAAAUGGAGGAGUUUGAAGCUGGACCUGUUGAUGUGCAAACAUCCCUGCAGGCGUCUGCUGAUGGACAGGUGGAGCGGGAGGUCAGCGUUACAGAGACAGCACUCAGCGAAAGCCAGGAAGCCAAAACUGAACAGAUUUCAGAGAAUAAUGAUGCAAUCAACAAGUCAGUCAGGACUGUGGACUCCACUGUAGAGGAGCCUGACAUAGCAGAUUGCCAGAGUCCUGAGGAGGAGAGUAAAGCUGGGGAAGCUGCUGCCUCAGAAGGAAGCUCUGCAGCCUCUCGCGGUCACGAUGUCCCCAAGGAGUCGAUCACCACGAGCAGCCCUGACACUGACUCACCCGUCAUGAUCAGUGUAGAUGAGAUGGGCUCGGGUAACACAAGUCAGAAGUCUGAUGAGGAAGACUUUGUGAAGGUGGAUGACUUGCCACUGCAGCUUACAGUCAUGUGUGAGGAGGAACUACAAAAGAGAAUCGUGGAGGAGCAGCAGAAUAACAACCUGUCUGCAGAAAUCCUCAAUGGGAACACUGAAUCGCUGACCGGGCUGGUGGGAAAUGCACACGCACUGAAGGAACCAGACACUGUCGGUGCCCAGAGUGUGUGAAGAUUUGGACCGAUGUCUCAGAUUUACUGUUUUUAGCAACACUAUGCUCACACCCUUAAUCUGCUUGAUUCUUUAUCUGCUAGUUUCAAGGCGCAAAGGCUCAUGAUGUUGGUUACAAGUUAGCUGUGACUCUGUUACACAACAGAUAAAAAUCUGCACAUAUUCAACACUUAGUUUAUUUUAUUCCUGAAUGUUUAAAGUGAUUUAUUGGAAUUGUGGGGAGGGGUUGGUCUAAUGCUGCUGAUUACCAACAGUUAAGCCUUUGUUUGAAUCUACUGUACUGAAACUCCUCUUUGGAUUCACCUUAAUCUCUUUCUUGGUUUUGGGAUCAGUUUGACAUGAGUUGUGAUGUUUUUUUUUUAUGUUUUAUUUGUCUCUGCCCAGCCUUAUUGCUGUACAGCUUGUCUGUGCUUGAUUCAUAAUUAUAAAGAGAUUACAGUAGGAUGGAGGUUCAGCUGUAGCUUGGCUGACUUCAGCGCUUUGUUUCUCCAGCUUGAACACUUUUUCUUUAUAUCAGAGCUCAAAGCUCAGACUUGACUUUUAUCCCUUCAGAUGCAUCUUUAUAUAACUGUUUUGUUCUGUUAAUCUUCAUUGAUUUCCAUGUAAUUAAAAUGUUGACUACAGUAAUAAGUUUUAAAUAAUAAAAUGCUGGAAAAUGUUUGUGUCAACUGGUUUUGUACAUCAUGUACUUAACACUGAGAGCCUUGUUAAUGCUGACUAUUUGUCCAGUGUGUCUUAUCUAAAAAUCUGCGCUUAAUGUAGUUUGUCGCUGCACAAUACGAAAUAGGAGCUGAUUAAUGUGUUAAUAAACUGAUCUGCAACCUUUUCAGUCAGGGAUUGAGUCACUUUUCAAACAAAAAUGCCAAAUAUCUUCUGGACAUUUAAAACCUCACCUUGUCCUCUAGGAAACUGGCGAGCAUUACCACUGAUACUACUACCACCAUUAUGUAGACAAAAUUAUUUAUGAUUUAGCCUCAGAUGAGGAAUUUAAACCAACUUACUUCAAAAGCUCACAAGGUAGAAAUAGAACAAGUAGAACCUCAAAAGUAUGGGAAUCCUUUUAUUAGCAAUCGUUAAAAAUAAGAAAAUGGUCACCUAGACGGUACAUUUAAUAGUAUCUUUAUGUUAAAUGGUCAAUCGAGUCAGUACCUGUAACUGUUGUCAACAGCUAAAUAAAAAGAAAACAGGCUGAGCGGGGCCAGAAGGUGAGUGUGGGCUGGAGAUUUUAAAUGAAUUAACUUGGAUACAAGCAUUCAUCUCAGGUGUCCCUCGUAUCCCUGCACUGAGCUCCACUGAUAGACUCAUCUUGUAAAUAAUACAUACAUAAUUACAGUAAUUACA